UCGGACUAGACUACCAAAGACCACCAAACGACCACCAAUUGAUUCCAUUUAAUGAAAGUUCGAUACGUUGAAGUUGUCCGGCCAACUUCAUAGAGGUUGUUCAGUGAUUUGUUCUCAAACGCCAUUGGACUGUGCCAUUUUAAUGUUGUUAUACCUUUUUUUAAUAUCACGGUUGUGUCGACCCUGUUAAAGACGAUUCGAAUUUUAUAACGUAAAUAAACGUCAAAGAGAUCUCGUGUCUCAGGUUAUCGCGAGAUUAAUUGGUUUUAUAUUAAACUAUGGAAGACCACUGGCUAGAAUCGCUGAAGAAGAAAUUCGUGAAUGUGGACACAUCGACACUCCAACAGCUGUUGCUAUCUAAGGCAGAAAUUGUGGACGAGAUCAAAAGGAAUCAAGAUCAACGAUUCAUUGAGGACGAAACUAAGAUUAAGGAAUUAACAUCAAAAUUGGAUGUUAUGAAAGAGACGCUGUAUACGGAGACACAAACUUUGGAGCAAAAAAAUGACGAAUUAUCAAGAGAAAAGGUUUAUUUAGAAGAGCUGGAAGCGGAAAGAAAGAAACUCUUGCAAGAGCUCAAACAAUUAGAAGGGAAACGUAACAGCUUGAGGUCUGCCAAGCCAAAUUUACAAGAUCAGCAAGUGCUGGAGCAAGGAAAAAAAAAGUUGAAAUUGUAUAAGGAUUUUACUAAGAUACAAUGGGAUUACGAAGCUACAAAGUUUGGUAUUAAAGGCUAUGUCUCGAACAAACGCGACUAUAUUCACCACUUUUAUUAUGAAAAUCAAGAGAUUAAUGACAAGUUAACUGACUCGCUGUGGCACGAGAUACAUUUGUCUACAAGCGAAGGCGAGAUUAGAGACGAGAAUCUUCAAUCAAACAUUCCCGAUUAAUGUAAAUGUUAUACUUUAAGUGAGAUUAUGUAAUUCUAAUAUUUUAUUACUUUUAAGAUAGAUAAUAUACAUAUAUGUAGACAUAUAUCAGUCUAUAUAAUACCUCCAUAUUUGGAUAUGGUCUUGCACAUUACACUAAAUAUAUCUUUAAUUUAUGGCAAACAUUAAAAAACAUUUUUUUGUUCUA